AAAGAAGGAAUAGGGUUCAAGGUUUACCUACAUGGACCAAUGGAUGCGGGGACAAAGUUUAAGGUCAAAUUCAGGACCGGGGACAUAGGCUUUCGCGAACGUCGAGGAAGACAUAGGACGGUAGACGAGGAAGACGAUAAGUUCAAAUGGGAUUGCGGCUUCGAAUGGGAAGACAGUGUUCAUGUAGUCGCGGAAUGUCCGUGGUACAAAAAGGAGAGGGAAGUGUACAUGAUUGAGCUGGGAAGAAUACAAGUGACAUACAGGGAGAUUUUUGAGGCAUGGAAUAGAGAGGGGAGGACGGUAGCGGUACUGGGGAGUAGAAAGUGGUUUGAAAAGGCGGGAAGGGACAUCGGUAGGAUAGACAAAUUAGGGAAGACAUUUUUGAGCCACCUUUGGCAAAGUAGGAAGGAACGAUUGGCCAUCGGUGAUCGGUCCUGUGGGAACAAUGCUCCGUCCUUUGGAGGACGCGUGGUCAAUGGUUUAACCGUUAAGGCAUGCAAAACAUAAGAGUACGUGACGUCCGACGACAUCCGAAGCAUGGCACGAGCGUUGACCUCGGAAGAACAGGAGUGCGUUAUCAACGCCACGGUUCUCAUGGGUUUCCUCAACCGUUUCAUGUGAGGGACACGCUAGGCAUGACGCUGGAGCUGGAGCCGCUAGAGACGGGCAACGAGCAUCUGGCGGAGAGCGGCUGGACGGCUGGGAUAUCGUUCGAUCCGGAGGGAGACGAGGAGCUCAUGGAGGAGGACCGCGUCAUGGCCGAAAGGCGGGAGGAGCGGAAGAAGCAGGCUUGCGGAGGCUUCACCUCCGCGGACAACACCAUCCUCCGGGCGCACUUCGCCUUCAUGGCGCACCGGAACGGCGUGUCCGUGAGCGACUUGGCCAACGCUACUGCUGAGGGAGGCGACACCGACGGGGGGGAGGACCUUAAGAAGGCGGCGGCGUUGUCGAUGGCGAGGGCAUGCAGCGGGACGCUGGGGCCGAUGCCGAGGGAGCUGGUGGCCCUGCUGAUGCGGCAGUACACGCCGGCGGGCGUGAUCGAGCUCGUCAACACGCUGUCCCUUGUCAGCAUGCUGCAGCGCUGGACCUCGAUCUACAUGCCCAAGCAGUACGAGCCCGAGGUCUUGGUUUUCGUGGAGGAGAACGGGUCGGCGCUCUCCCUCGACCCCACCAAGCCUUGCACGGAGGAGCAGAGCGGCUGGCGUGAGCUGGCGGCGGAGAUUCGCAGCAGCUGA